UUUUGGAGUUUAGUCAUUAGGGUUCAUAGGAGUUGGUGAGGCUAGAUGAAGAUCAACUGUUCUAAUACUACUUUAUUAACAACAAGUUAUUAAGUUAUAUAUGCCCAACGUUACUAGUGGUUUUUUUUAAAUAAUACUAUUGUAUAAAAGAGUGAACCCCUGACACUGACAUACUAAAGUCUAAUGGUCAUUGUUUAAAAUUAAAACUCAUGCACAGAUGCUAACCUUUUCCACACAAAAUAUGUUUUAAACAGAUAAGAUCUUUAUCUAGAGAAGGAAAGAUUAAACCGGAGCCAUAAUCGGUUUAGAGACUGAUCGAACUGAAAAGCUUCCACAUCUUUGUAUGGGUCAACGACCAUGUUUUUUUUAAUAUAUAUAGAUGUUUGUCUAACACUCAAAAUGCUCAAAGAAAAAGAAUGGGUUCUUGGAUACUCAAGUCGCUGCUCCUGCAACUUCUAUUUGUGUUGAUUCAGCAUCAUGCUGAUGCAAGUUCAAUCAUCAGAUAUCUUCCAGGUUUUGAAGGCCCUCUUCCUUUUGAGCUUGAAACUGGGUACAUAGGAGUUAGUGAAGCAGAGGAAGAUCAGUUGUUCUACUACUUCAUUAAAUCCGAGAACAAUCCAAAAACAGACCCUCUUCUUGUCUGGUUAACUGGAGGACCUGGCUGCUCUUCUUUCUCUGGACUUGUUUAUGAGAAUGGACCGCUUGCUUUUAAGGUGGAGACAUACAACGGAAGUGUCCCGUCUUUGGUCUCUACUACAUAUUCAUGGACUAAGGUGGCGAAUAUAAUAUAUUUGGAUCAACCUGUUGGAGCUGGCUUCUCCUACUCAAGAAACCCAUAUGCUGAUAUACCAAGUGACACUGGAUCAGUUAAGCGGGUCGAUGAGUUUGUCCGUAAGUGGCUAGCCAAGCAUCCUGAGUAUUCCUCCAACUCUUUCUAUGUCACCGGAAACUCUUAUUCCGGUAAGGUGAUUCCGGCCAUCGUUCAAGAAAUGUCAAAGGGAAAUUGUUUAUGCUGCAAACCUCAAAUAAAUCUUCAGGGCUAUGUGCUCGGAAACCCGGUAACGGACUUUGAUCUUGACAAUAACACUCGCGUUCCAUUUGCUCAUGGAAUGGCACUCAUCUCUGAUGAACUCUAUGAGUCGAUGAAGAUAAGCUGUGGAGAAAAGUAUGUUAAUGUCGACCCUCUUAACACAGAAUGCUUAAAACUCAUUGAAGAGUUCAAGCAGAGUGUUUCUAGAAUAUAUGACGAGCUUGUCCUAGAUACUAAUUGUGACACUACAUCUCCUGAUUGCUAUACGUAUAGGUAUUUAUUAUCAGAAUAUUGGGCUAAUAACGAGAGCGUACGCAGAGCACUUGGAGUGGUGAAGGACCUGAAGGGGACUACAGAGAAAUGGGAACGUUGUAAUUAUAACGUGCAGUGCAAGCAAGACAUUAAAAGCAGCAUACCACACCAUCUUAGUAACAGCAUUGCAGGCUAUAGAUCUCUCAUAUUCAGCGGCGAUCACGAUAUGUCAAUCCCGUUCGUUUCAACUCGAGCAUGGAUAAAGUCUCUCAACUAUUCCGUUAUUGAUAAAUGGAGGCCAUGGAUGAUACUCGAUAAAGUCGCUGGAUACACCACUACUUACGCUAAUAAGAUGACAUUUGCUACUGUGAAGGGAGGUGGGCACACGUUAGAGUAUAAACCAGAGGAAAAUACAAUCAUGUUCAAGAGGUGGAUAAGUGGUCAACCUCUCUAAACACACAGAAGCAAUUAUCUUGGAGACUCGGACUGAUAUGAUUAACGUUUUAAGCAGAAAGUCUUUGGUUUUGGUUUGAUGAUUUAUCAUAAAUAAAAUGUUACAUGUUACUUCUACGGACUCGUGGGUUUCCUUUACUACUUCCACUUUAUUUGUUAGCCUUUCCUACCAACAAGUGAUUAAGUAUUUGCUUCUUAUUA